AUGGGUUCUAACGUCAAUUCUUACCAGGAUGUUGCCGGUAUCUUCAACUCCUACAUCGCUGCUUGCAGCAUCGCAGCUGCUUGGGAAGUCGGGCUUCUCGAUCAAGUCCGCAACACCAGCGCUGUAAAUUUUGAUAAUUUCGCGACUAUUCAUGAUCUUGAUCAGAGAUCUAUGCGUGGCCUAGUCGCUGCACUCGUCACCUCUGGCAUUGUCCAAUAUGAUGGCGAAAGCAUCAACCCAGGAAGACUCUUUGAAGAUGCCUUUGUGACCAAAGGUCUCUUCCAUUGGCUUACUCUUGGUUCAGGCAGUGUCUUCACUCGUAUGCAGCAUAUGCUACAUAACAAGAAUCGAAAGGGAAACUUCUUUUCUCGAGAUUCCGCUGCCAUUGCAUAUGCGUGUCGCGAUGCGAAUGAGCAAUUCAUCGACCCGGUUUUCUUACAGGCUGUGUCGUUUACCGGGAUCAGCUUCACUUCUGCUGUGGACCUUGGAAGUGGCAGCGGUGCUCGGCUGAUGCAAAUCCUCGACCGGUAUCCUGACAGCACUGCCAUCGGAGUCGAUAUCGCCGGUCCGGCAAUUCAACUUGCCACCGCGGAUGCCGAAGAGCGCCGCUAUGGCGGGCGAGUUACGUUUCUCGAAGGCGACGCAACGAAUCUACAUUAUCGCCCAGAGUUUGCAAAUGUCGACUUGAUAAUGUCAUUCCUCAUGGGUCAUGACUUCUGGCCCCGCGAAAACUGUAUCAAGUCGUUGAGAAUGUUGCGAGACGCCUUUCCAAAAGUUCAAAGGUUCUUUCUCUGCGACACUAUGAGAAUCCUGGUGGACAACCCCAAGACGCGAUAUGCCGUGCCGGAGGAAAAUGUACCCAUCUUCACUCUGGGGUUUGAAUUUGGGCAUGCACUUAUGGAUGUCACCCUGCCAACAGUCGAGGACUGGGAGGACGUCUUUGAGGCUGGCGGUUGGCGAUCCUACGCCGACAUUGCAUGA